AUGAAAUUAUUAAGAUUCCCAUAUCCUUACCAUAAUGGAACAAUUACAGCCAUUGCAUGUUUAUAUUACUAUGAUGACAAUUCUGACGAAAAUAACCAUAAUAACAAAGAUUUCUUAUUUACCUGCGGCGGUGAUAACAAAAUUCUAAUAUGGGAUGUACAAGAACUAAUAGAUACAACCAUUGGUAAAAAUCAAUCAAUACCUCAACCUAUAGAGGAAGUGUUAUAUCCUGAAAUCAAAGAUAGCGAUGGUAUCAGUCCUACUGCACCAUUUAAGCUACAAUUCACCAGCAUGCAAAACAAAAGUUUAUUUAUGGCCUUUGAUAGCCAAACUUAUGUUUUGGUAAACUAUUCUCCUAAUAAUGCUACUACCAAUACUAGUAACACUAAUAACAAAAUCAUUUCUUUAUUUGAACCAAAAACCGUGACUGUUAUAGAUAUAGGCUGUAUCGGUGGUUAUGGAUUUGUAUUGUUACAACAAUUAUAUAAAAAUGAAAAUGAUACCAAGGUUGGUAUCGACACAACUGCUGGCAUGUAUUUAGUUAGAGUCUUCAAUAGUGAUGGGAAGUAUAUAUUUGAUAUACCCUUAAUGGAAAACACUGAUAGAAAAAUAGCUCCAGUAACUUUAAUACCGGACCCAACAGAACAAUUUUUAGUCAUUUAUAACAAUAAUAAAUCUGUAUUUGUAAUCCAAUACGAUAUAAAAUUGAAAACUUUUAAAAAGCUAUAUAGGCUACCUCAAUACACUAAUGUUGAACCGAUUCAUUAUAAAAUAGAUAUGCCACCGCAGGGUAAUUUUAUUCCAUUAGCUAAUGUGGUCAACUCGACGAAGCAACCAACAAUUUCCUUGGUGGAUAUGCCAGGCGCUCCACUAGCUCAUAAUACCACUAAUGGUAUCAUACCCGCUAUUCAGACAAAGCAAAGCCAAUUUAAGACUAUUGUUUCAUUAGUUGGCCAAUCGGAACCAGAUUGUAAUAUAAUCAAAUUUUCACCAAGAGUGUACUGUAAACAUAGUAAAAAAACAAAAGAAGUUUUCCAUUACAAUUUGUUGGCAACUGCAACCACCAACUCUGACAAUAUUGUUGUUUGGAAUACUAAAAGAAAAAAGCCUUUAUUUAAUGCGGCUCAAAUAUCAAAUUCUCCAGAUGGGGGUAACAAUAACACUACUAGCAAAGAUUUUACAAAUAAAAAAAAUAUUUCUGAUAUAUGCUGGUCUUCAGAUGGGAAAACUUUGAUUGUUACUUCAUUUAAUGGGUUUAUUUCAAUUUUUUCAUUCAAAAUAGAGGAAUUAGGCGACAUAAUGACUUUUCAAGAUAUGGAAAAAUUAAAGCUAUUAAAGUUACCACCGCUAUCUCCUCCGGUAAUUGAUAAAAACAUGGAAUCCACCACUGUGCAAGGUACUGUUAAAAAUAAAAAAACCAGCACAGUAAUUAAGGGCAAGGACUCCCAAGAUGUUGCCAUUAACCUACCAACAAAGGAACCCCAAAAGAUUAUUUCAUCAAACAUUAUGAAAUUUACUCUGCCCUCAUCCGCGGUACCAAAAGAUUUAAAAAGGGUUAAAUCAUCUGCAAAUCAUACUACCCAUUCUGCCGCUAAGAAAGUUAAAAAAGAAUUGAAAGAAUUGGAUUUUAUAGACACUUCAUUGCUAUUACCCUUGGUAGCUUUUUCAAAAAUAAGGUUGGCUAUUCCAAAAGUCAGAUUGAAGUUUAGUUAUUCCACUAAAAACUAUAAAAUAAGUGUGAUUAAUGGUAACAGUACAGAGGCAAUUCCGACUAAAUUAAUACUAGACUCUUUGAAGACAAACAACGGCAUAACUACCGAUGAUAAUGUGCUGGAAAAACCCAUUUUCACUUCAACUCAUUAUUUGCCUAAAUUGAUCAAUUUGUGUACCGGAACAGAAUAUUUUUGGGCGAUUGCUACUGAACAGGGUCAAAUUCAUAUACAUUCAGUGGCUGGAGGUUCACAUUUGGUGCCUCCAAUUAUAUUAGGUGUGCCCGUUAGUUUUUUAGAGAGUUGUGGUGUAUAUUUAAUGUGUAUUACUUCAAUUGGUCAGCUAUACUGCUGGGAUAUAGCCAAGUUAAAAUUAAAGUUUCCUAUGUGUGAUAUUUAUCCUCUUUUGUCACCAACUCUAAGAUACUCUGAUGAGAUUUUGAGCAGAGCAGAAAACUUGACCUCGUGCAGUAUAAGUAGUAAUGGUGUACCCAUAAUCACUACUAGUAAUGGUGAUGGGUACAUGUAUGACUGUGAUAUGCAAAAUUGGCUAUUGGUAAGUGAUUCAUGGUGGGCCUACGGUUCUCAGUAUUGGGAUCUAACCAACACUAUCAAUGGUGAUUCAUCCGUGGUUUCAACUGUACAAAGGGAGCAAAAUAAUGAUAAUAAGGGCUCUUAUAGAGACGAGCUUGGAACAAAUACACCUACGUCUAGCAUAGUCAGUUAUUUAGAGAGCAGAACAAAUGAUGAACUAUACAGACGUGGCAGUGUGAAAUUAAUUCAGAAAUUUGCUAAAACUAUGCUAAUGAAAGAGGGUUUUGAAAACUUAGAAGAAAUUGUGUCUUUAGCACAUCUAGAAAAUAGAAUUUUGUGUUGUUUAAAAUUAAAAAUGUAUUCUGAAUUUGAACAUUUAUUGAUCACCUAUUGUGUGAGAUUAGCUGAGAUGGAUUAUGCUGAUAGGUUAAAUGAAGUUUUCCAAUUUUUAUACGGUGAUGAUGGACAAGAUUCUAACUUGUGCGAAGAUAUAGGUGCUGACAGUGCAAACGUCAAAUUAAAAACCAAGCACCAACUUUUACAUUCCGUAUUAGUGGCAUGCACGUCAAUCAGGCAAGUCCAAAGGUUAACCUUAUCAUAUUUUACAGCAUUGGAAAACUCAAACUUGUAA